GCUCAACGGUCACCGUGUGAGGCAGAGAAUGAAGCUAAGCGGAGAAAUCUGAGGGAAACAUUCAUUGUCUGAGUUCAAAACUGAUCGAUGCAUCAAAGAGGAAAAUCAAACAACCGUAGAUCAAGGAGCUUCUCUAGAUCAAGACUCGCUGUUGAAGGCCAUUGAAUCUCAUCCACAUUACAUUUCUCUAUUGUCAUCUUCUCCGUCGACCUAACCUAACUAUUCAAUGGCAACACCUUACAAGGCAGAGAGAGACAUCCAAAAGAGUUAUUGGAUGGAGCACUCAAGUGAUUUGACUGUUGAGGCUAUGAUGCUUGACUCCAAAGCUUCUGAUCUUGACAAAGAAGAGCGUCCUGAGGUACUCUCUUUAAUCCCACCAUACGAAGGGAAAAAGGUGCUGGAACUUGGAGCUGGCAUCGGUCGUUUCACUGGUGAGCUGGCUCUAAAGGCUGGUGAAGUCAUCGCCCUGGACUUCAUCGAGAGCGCCAUUAAGAAGAAUGAAAGUGUGAAUGGGCAUUACAAGAACGUCAAGUUUAUGUGUGCUGAUGUGACAUCUCCAGACCUGAAAAUCGAAGAUGGAUCCGUCGACUUGAUUUUCUCAAACUGGUUGCUCAUGUAUCUCUCUGAUAAAGAGGUGGAACUUCUGGCAGAAAGAAUGCUAGGAUGGGUAAAGCCAGGAGGAUACAUUUUCUUCAGAGAAUCUUGCUUCCAUCAAUCUGGAGACAGCAAGCGUAAAUCUAACCCCACUCACUACCGUGAACCAAGAUUCUAUACCAAGGUUUUCCAGGAAUGCCAGGCACGUGAUGCUUCUGGCAAAUCAUUUGAGCUCACUAUGGUUGGUUGCAAAUGCAUUGGAGCGUACGUGAAGAACAAGAAGAAUCAAAACCAGAUAUGCUGGAUUUGGCAAAAAGUAAGCGUGGAGAAUGACAAAGACUUCCAGCGUUUCUUGGACAAUGUUCAAUACAAGUCCAAUGGGAUCUUGCGCUAUGAGCGUGUCUUUGGGCAAGGUUAUGUGAGCACUGGUGGUUUUGAGACAACUAAAGAGUUUGUGGCGAAGAUGGAGCUGAAACCAGGACAGAAAGUCCUAGAUGUCGGUUGUGGUAUCGGUGGAGGUGACUUCUACAUGGCUGAGACUUUCGAUGUUCAUGUUGUUGGUAUCGAUCUAUCAGUCAACAUGAUCUCUUUCGCCUUGGAGCGUGCUAUUGGACUCAACUGCUCGGUCGAGUUUGAAGUUGCGGACUGCACCACAAAGACAUAUCCUGAUAACUCUUUCGACGUCAUUUACAGCCGUGACACUAUUCUCCACAUCCAAGACAAACCGGCUCUGUUUAAGGCAUUCUUCAAGUGGCUAAAACCAGGUGGAAGAGUUCUCAUCACAGACUAUUGCAAGAGUGCUGAAACUCCGUCUCCUGUAUUCGCAGAGUACAUCAAACAAAGAGGAUAUGAUCUCCAUGAUGUUCAAGCUUAUGGACAGAUGCUGAAAGACGCAGGCUUUGAGGACGUGAUCGCAGAGGACCGUACUGAUCAGUUUGUACAAGUCUUGAGGCGUGAGUUAGAGAAAGUGGAGAAAGAAAAGGAAGAAUUCAUCAGCGACUUCUCAGAAGAAGAUUACAAUGACAUUGUAGGAGGAUGGAAAGCAAAGCUUGAAAGGUCUGACGAGCAGAAAUGGGGAUUGUUCAUCGCCAACAAGAAGUAGAAAAGUCCCCAAAAAGAUAAAACUUAUUUUCCCUUCAAUAAAAAGUGUUCCUUGGAGGACAAACACUUGCUUGUUUUUACUAUCAUGGAACCGUAAAUUGUAACAAAAAAACUCAUGUGUUGUUUCUGUUUCUUAAUCUACUUGCUUUGAAUCUUCAUAUGAUAAAAUAGUGUUACUAUUCA